UCGCACACGACAUUCAUAUUUAAAUUAUAUUAGUUUUUUCACUUUUAUAACCUCUUUAAUCGCGCACGUGUUCUUCCCCAUUUUAGAGAUUCGUUGUGGAAGAAACGGGAUGUCUUUUCCAUUUUCGAUAGGCAUGAUUUUGAUUGGCUGAUUGCAUCCAGCAAAAUAUUUGUUAUUUGGCACAGCGUGUUGGGAGUGAUAACAUGACAGUGUGACAGGACAUUGAGCCACGUCCCUUGCUCCUUGCUCUCGCCUGGCUCAGCGUGUGGUCGCUCCCCGAAGCUGCUCUGCUCGCUGCAUGCAGGCGGUCCCACUCGCUCCGCCGAUGCGCGCUCCUGAAGCCUGGUUUCCAUUGGUCGAGUGAAGUGGCUGUCACUGUACCAAUGUGAGACCACUGUCGCGCAUUUCGCACUUUCGUGUGAACGGCCGGGCUAGUGGAAGGGUAAGCACUUGCUAGGCAGAGUGCUCGGCCCAGCUUACUCGACCAGUGUAAGCGAGGCUUUAGUGUCAGGCGACCGUUCGCUCGGCUGACGAACCUCCCGCGAGGGAUCCGCCUACCUGGGCGCACAUGCGGUGUGCAGAGCUUCAGGGGGGAACCACGAGAUUUGAAAACUGCUCAAGAUAUCCGAGUGGUGUCUGUUUACGAAAAGCAGUUAACAAUACGCUGAGAGCGGAUGAACCGCUCUGUUUUCGUUUUGAAACUGUAUUCUUACAAGUGUGAAAAUGCGUUGCGUUAAGAAUAAUUUUUAGGCAUGAAACAUCCUGUAGAGUUUGUUGAAAGCACUCAAGGUACUUGCAUUACACCUUAAUCCUUAUUAUCCGCCAUAUAAUGCUAUGGUCACCGCUCAAAUAUUAUUCUUGCCCCUUGUACGACAAGAAAAUUGCACGUCGGUCCAGAGCCUUGCGCUUAGAGGCUAAACCUCACUAUAACACUAGCAAGCGUCGGACAGCUCCACUGACUAGGCGGCUCCUUAAGUGUCAAAGCGUGACAGGCGAAUGCAGAAACCUUAUACUGGAGCGCCUCGUACUUCAGACUCGUACACUUGCUGGCGGAGAGCUAACUCGUUGCGGCGCCUCCAUCCAUUAUUCUAGUCGCCCUUCGGGGUCCCCACCACGACUCGUUGACGGUAGUGACUCUUCGUGGGGUCGGCUGCACGGGCUGAACAGCGACUCGUUGGCCCCGGUUUAUAGUUCGGAUCUCGAAGAAAACCAUUACGGUCUGCCGCCUCUGUCGUCCUCUUCAGCGCUAUUUGUGGCCUGCAACGAGUAAAACUAUUCACUAAGUGAUUCCGACCAGUACCUCGUCCUCCCUGCUGUCGGCUAUCACUCGUACCGAACAGUUGUUCAGGUACACUGGCGGCCGUGGAUUUUGCGCAGCACUGGUCUAUUUAUUUAUGCGAGGCCUUAAUAUUUUUUGAAAAAGGCCCUAUAGGGGCAGGGGUUGGCAGACUUUAGAGAUGAGCCAAAUAUUAUGUUAACAGAUUCUCCAAUUAUUUUAGAAAGCCGCAAUAUGUAUUUUCUCUGUAUCUAUGUGUAAUUUUAAGACAAUAAAACGACAAAAUCGAAAUUUUUUUUCACAAAUUCAGUAUAAAGUCUUAAAAAUAAAGGCUACUAGGAGAAAAAUGUAAAUUUAUAACAUAUGAUAGUCAUUAGUAGAGCUCUACUGAUAAAACAAGAAAACCAGGCAGGUGCGCGCAGGUUGGAACACGCCUCGUGAUUGUGCGGCGCUGUGGCAGCAGCGAGAUGCAGAGCCCAACAUCACAGGUAAAGAGCCGCUGUCCGCCGACCCCUGGCCUGGGGAAUAUGGAAUAACCCUCAGAAACGUGGGAAGGGGGUUCGGGGGCCCUCCCUAGGAAAAUAUGAAGGGGGGGGGGGGGGAAAUCUUUAAAACUUCAUGUUUAUAGCCAACUUGGAAUUUAAAUUUCGACGAUGUCUUAUCUAAUUUAUUUUCAGAUAUUUGGACGUUCUGUUCCUGGUGAAUUAUACUUAAUUAAAUUGUGUAAAUUCCAACUAUCUUAAUUCUGAUGAAAAGGCGUCAUUAUUUGGGACAACACAAAUGUCGAAAGUUUUGCUAUUGUGAAUUCAUGAAAAUUCAGCUGAACUUUAAAUUACACGAUAACGAUUUAAUUAUUUUCCCAUUAAUGCCCAUAUUUAAAAAUUUGCAAGAAAGGAAAAUAAAAAUGAUAAUGGCAGACGCGGGGCCCAGGGCGGUUGUCCUUGCCCCGCCUGGAGCCGCCCCUGUUCCAGUAGCCCCGCACGGCCUCGUGACUGCAGGCUCGUACAGUUCUGUGUAUGGCAAGCCCUGUGCGCUGUAGUUGGGGGUCUCACUGCAGGCAGGUCGCAUGCAUCGCAGCUGUUAGGGUGGUCUGUUGCCAUGUCUGCACUUGUAGGAAGAGACAGGUUGAAGGGCACAGGAAAACCAACAGAGACGGAGAGUGUUAAGAAAACUCGCGUGGAAGUCACGAGUGUAGAUUUGUAACAUUGUUUGAGAAGGGUUUGGGGAACAGUAGGGUAUGUUAGUUCGUAAGCGAAAAUACUGCUUUGUAGUGGUUAUGACGUUAUGAGUAUGUGCGCUGCUGGUUUGUAACCAGGGUCGCAGCGCAGAAGGCGGCCCUGGUGGUGGGGGACAGAACUGAGACACUCACCUGACCACUGUCAUAAAGCUAGAUCUGACAACUUACCUUCGUUUUCCGUCGCCUUAGUGAAGCUCGAGCCGGCAGAUUGCAGGCCAUGCGCGUGAUCACUGUGCCACGCCCCUGACUUGACAAUCUUCUAAAACAUGUUCCUCAAACAUCACUUCAACUUAACUAACAAAUUCGGAAAAAUUUUUAGUCAUUGGUAAAUAUUAGGCAUUUACCAAUCACCCAAAAGAAUUAAAAAAUAGCAAUCUGAAAAAAACAAUUUCAAAAAUUGAGACGGAAGAAGGAAUCAUAUAUUUUAUACGAAGUUCUCCUCAUUUUUAACACAAUGUUAAUGAUGGGUUCGACUACUACUAGCGCCGUUAGUUCGCAGGCCGCCGCGCGCUUCACUAAGCCGACGAGACACGCCAAGGCAAAGGAUAGGAAGUUGCCAGACCUAUCUAUCUAUAUGACUGCGCACCCGAAACAUGCCAACUCAUCUUGCUCUGUUUACCUACUCACUCCCGGCUGUUACGUCACGGCCCGCAAUUUCUCUCUCGUGUGCUGGAGCAUCGCGUCGACACUGCCACCGGGUGUUCUUAAAUGUCAAUCACCUUCGUGUAAACGUGUGUGUGACCGACAGUUGAGAGGAGAUAGGAAUAUAUAGAGAUGAAGAUACAUAUAUAGAGAUAUAUACAUGGGUAUAUAUAGUGAGAUAUAGAGAUAUAUAGAGUCAGCCUCACGUGCGGGCGACGCCACACUCACACACCCACACACCUGUCCCGGCCGCGCCGGCAGUACGCGGUGAGCUCAGAGGCGCGCCGUCAUGGCCUCCAAGGUGCUCGUCAAGAUCCCCGCCGUGCCCUUCUCGCAGGUGAGCAAGAAGGUGGCGCUGGUGGGCCGCUCCGAGGGCCUCCUGCCCAGCAUGUCCGCCGACCCGCUGCUGCGCGUCACGCAGCUGGAGCAGAACAUCCGCCUGCUGCAGGAGCAGCACCACGCCAUGCUCGCCAGCCUGCACCAGGAGGUGGAGCAGCUGCGCCAGAGGAACAGAGACUUGCAGUUCCAGCUGGUGUUUGCGAAGGGCGGCAUUACGCUGUCAAGUAGUCCCAGUCCCACUUCGUCAUCGGAAGAUGACGGCAAGCCAAAGGCCGUGCUCAGCCCCAAGCAGCCCAACGUGACUCCCCUGCAGGUGGAGAUCCUGGAGAGAGACAUUGCGGAGCUGAAGAGUGCGCUGCAGGAGGCCAACACGAGGAACCUCUACCUCUCGGGCAUCGUGGACGAACAGAAGAAGAAGCUGGACGGCCUGGAGCGCCGGGGGCCCGAGGCGCGGACCGACCGACGGGACGCCCAGAACCAGGUGGACGAGGCGGAUCCCGACCUCGUGCUCAAGCUGGAGGAGGUGCAGAAGGUGGUGCGGCGGCUGCGGCGCGAGAACGACGACCAGAGGAGGGAGUUGGGGACGCUGCGGUCCAGUUUGGGCAUCGGCGGCGCCCGGGGUGGGCACCACCGCUCACAGCACCAGCAGUCGCAGUCGCAGUCGCAGUUGCAGUCGCAGAGGUUCCCCCCGCUGCACUCGCACGGCUACUGGCACCACGGCCAGCCUCAACACCACAGCCAGCACCGCGGCGGGCUGGAGUUUGUGUCGCACCGCCACUGCGCCAACGCCAACAACGCCAACGCCAACGGGGCAGCGGACAAGGACGCCCAGCUGGUGUGCCGGCCGGCGCCCGCGCUGCCCAGCCUGCGCCGCGGGGGGGGCUACUACGGCAACCACUACUACCGCGCCACCAAGGAGGAGGGGGCCGAGAACAGGAAGUACCGCGGCGGAGGGGGAGGUGGCACCAACGCCAACACCAGGAAGGGUGCCCGUGACGCGAAACAGUAGCUCAUCACCCGUUCAGACGCAGUUUAGGCCGUGAACACUCCCGUGACGGCAUGCACGUGCUUCUACGGAUGAUGCGACCACGCGGUGUUGCGCGUCCUGGAUGUGCGAACGUGUUUCUUCUUCCGCCGUUCCGACGUGCGGCACGUGGAGAGACGAGCUUCGAUGAAGUGCGGAAGAGCUUUGUUGAGUUGCAGUUGGUUUGGCUGUGUGUACGAGUCUCAUACUCUUUGCUUGGCUGUUUCAGAAGAGUUUUAUAGAGUGUCUUUAGGUACCACCACGUAGUAUCAUUAUUCAUUAUGUUUGGUGCUAUUAUCACUGAUCUGUGCUCUCUAUUUGUGUAUUAACAGUAUUAUAUUUGUAUUAUAUUGUACUCAUUUUUUGUAAUAGUCCAUGUUUUGCAAGCAUGUGUAUUGUAUUCAAAAAGCAUGUAGCAGCAUGGUCAGAGAAGUGUCGGUUAUAGUUCCACUAAUAUUUCUUUUAAGUGUAAUUUCAAAUUUAUUAGCUUGCAUAGCUCAGUCUUGAAGUGUUUAAAAUUUUAUUGGUAUAACUAUUACUCAUUUUAUAUAAAUAACUGUGUGUUGUAAUUGAAACAUAAUGUAAUUUAACAAUUUGAACUGAUAAAUAUGGUGUGAAUA